AUGACACUCACUCUUGCAUUCAUCAUACUCGGCCUCGGCCUUGGUGCCGUGGGUCGACCACAUGCUUCGGGCAUGAAAAACAUCAAGAAUGUUGUUGUGCUUGUGCAGGAGAAUCGAUCGUUUGACACCCUCGUAGGUGGUCUUACUUACGACCCAAACAUCGAUGGAUUGGUCAACAGGAAGUAUUGCAAUCCGGCCAACGUCUCCGAGUCAAGUUCAGAGGAGGUGUGUGCGGCCGGCAUCGCGAAAAACGUCGCGUCGGACGAUCCCGAUCAUACUAUCACGGGCGGCAACAUGCAAGUCUUUGGCACUUAUCACCCAGAGGCAAAUGCAAAUUCGGCCAUGAGCGGAUUCGUGACCGAGCAAAGCUAUAUGUAUAGCUUACAAAACAACAUGAUGGAGGCGGCUGAGGUGAUCAAUUACUAUCAGCCUGAGCUUGUCCCCGUCACGAAUGCUAUGGCAGAGAACUACAUACUGUUCGAUCGCUGGUUUGCGGCUAUUCCUGGACCAACAGAUCCAAAUAGAGCAUACCUGACAUCCGGAACAUCUUACGGUCAUGGUGACAAUGGAGAGGUGUUUUACAACUCCGGAAUGCCCCAGAAGUCGGUCUUCCAGCAGUUGUCUGAGAAGAACAUCACCUGGAUCAACUACCAGAAUACAACCGACAUCGGACCAUCGAGCUUCCCUCCUGAUGCCAUGUUUUAUCAAUGGACUGCCAAGUCUGGAAAAGACAAAACUAAUGUACUUCCAAUCGAUCGCUUCUAUACAGAUGCCAAGGCUGGGAACCUGCCCCAAUUCACCUGGAUUAACCCGGAAUGUUGUGAUUACAUGUCAAUGCACCCGAAAUCUCCCAUCAACAUGGGCGAAAAUUUCAUGAAGGGCAUCUACGAGGCCUUGCGAAGCUCGCCACAGUGGAACCAAACCUUGUUCAUUAUCACUUGGGAUGAGCAUGGAGGGUUUGCCGACCAUGUUCCCCCGCCCACUGGCGUUCCUGCCGGUGACAGCCUCACCUACACAGAGAAGGCAAGCGAUGGACAGAACUAUACUUUCCAUUUUGACCGUCUCGGUGUCCGAGUGCCGACGCUGUUGAUCUCUCCUUGGGUUGAGAAGGGUUUGGUGCAGAACAAGCCGACCUCCGGCAACAAUGACUUUACUCACACCUCGAUUCUUAAAUUUGUGUCUGAGCUCUGGGGCCUGGAAAGCCUCACUCCUCGAGUUGAGUGGUCCCCCUCAUUUGGGAACUUGAUCACCAAUAAAUUCCGAGCAGACACCCCAGAGACCUUACCAAAUGCAGCGGGAUAUUGA